CUCCCUUGGACUUUAGAGUGAGGAUUGAGAAAGUGGCAAAAUUUGUGAAUAUCUGUUUAUGUAGGCCUAAUCAAUAAUCCUCUCUGAAGACCAAGUGAUAUAUCCAGCUCUGAUUGGGAGUCUGUCAUGUCUGUGAUGAUAACAAAAUAAAAAUGUCAGCACAAAACAUAGACAUUGAAUUUCGUGUCUGUGUCGAAACUCGACCUCAGGAAGUUGUCUGCGUUGUAGGAGACGACAACAAACUUGGUAAAUGGCUGCCCCAUCGAGCUCAACGGUUACGAUGUGUACAGAGCGCUGAUAUGAGACCAGGAGAAGAAGGAGAAGUUUGGAGUCGCAUAAUCAGUCUACCAGUAAGCAAAGACGUGCAAUAUCGUUACUUUACGAGUUACAUCAAGCAGGCAGAUAACGAGGACUGUGAUAAUGACAUCACCAUCACAAGAUGGGAAACAAAUAUAAGACCAAGGGUUUUAUCAACAAAAACAUGUCAAGAAAAUGGUACAGGAAAAGCAGUUGAAUUUGGAUUCUAUGAUGGAAAGAAAAGCAUAGAUAAAGGUUGGCUCCUGGGCCACACUGAAAUCCAGCUCAGACUUCACUCGUCGCCAAUAAAAUUAUGGAAAUCGAAGACGAACGAACAACAGUACUACAAGGUCAAGAGCACACACAUGGACUUGAGAUACAGAGAGUCAGACGAAGAUGAGGCGUCCUCAGAAUUCGAUGACGAUGUGAGCCAAGACGUUGGUGCCUUUAAUCCCCAGGCUGCUGUCAGUGUAGCGGUUUUGAAGGAAGGCCAAGCCUCACUCCAUGAGCAAGGUCCAUUCGGAGAGACGUUCUGUCCUGCCACUGACUACAUGGUAUUCAAAGCUCAAACCACGGAACCAGAAUUUAUAAGUUUUAAGUUGGAGAUAUACCUCGACUCCAGUGCCAACUCGACUGAUGAACCAAUGUACCUUGGAUAUGCCUACCUCCUGCCUGUUAACUUUCAGCAAACGACCGGCGUCAAAAGCCUGCCAAUAAAUGGUCCACGACACAAACCAAUAGGACAGAUUGCAGUCGACUACCUCAUUAUAAAACCAUUGAAAAAGAGCGCAUGUGAUAUGAAGGUUUCCUACGCUAACCAUUGGAAGCAGCGACGGCCUCUAGAUGUCGGUCACAGAGGCAUGGGCAAUUCCUACAGUGCAAAAAAGCUCGCCGUUGUGAGAGAAAACACCAUAGCAUCUCUUUCGACGGCUGGUACCCAUGGAGCAGAUUAUGUCGAGUUUGAUGUUCAACUCAGCAAGGAUCUUUUCCCAAUUAUCUACCAUGAUUUUUCCGUCGUCCUCACAUUGCGCAAGAAAACCAAAGGAGAUAUGGAUAUGUUUUCAAUUCCUGUGAAAGAUUUGAAUAUGGAACAGUUACAAUCGCUCAAGACUGAUCACCAUACAGUAUUGCAUGAUAAAUCAAAAGACCUCCACGAAGAAGUCACUGACCACGAAGAUCACCUGCACUUUCCCACGCUCAGCAACUGCUUCCAGUCCGUCGACCCUCACGUUGGCUUCAAUGUGGAGAUCAAGUAUCCACAAAGUUACAAGGAUGGUUCACAUGAAAUGGACCCAUUCUUCGAGAUGAAUAUGUAUGUUGACAUCAUUCUGGAGGACAUCUUGAAAAAUGCCAGCAACAGAAGGAUCAUUCUGUCGUGUUUCCAUCCUGACAUCUGCACAAUGCUGCGCUUAAAGCAGAACCGCUACCCCGUCCUGCUCCUGACCUGUGGUAUAAACAGCAUCUGGUGUCCAUACACAGACCAACGCUGCCUCGGGAUCAUGGACGCCCUCUACUAUGCACAGAGUGAAGCCAUAUUGGGAAUAGAUGUUUACACCUCAGAGCUGAUGGACCACUUGGAUUACGUGCAGCGUGUCAAGGCGGCCAAGUUGGUGCUGUUUGUCUGGGGCGCAAUCGAUGAUGCGGAUACUCUCAAUUUGCUGCGGCGACAUGGUGUCGAUGGCAUAAUCUAUGAUAGGAUUCAAGAACUAAAAGGCGGAACUGACAAUAUCUUUAAGAUGGAACAAGAUGCAAAGAUGCAGUUGCCGACUGCAAUGGCUAGUAGCAGUAACGAGAGGAUGGAGGCUGGUGGGGGUCUAGCGCAUCAUGGCUCUUACGACAGCCAUGCUCUGGGUUCUAUGGAAAGCAUGGAUAGUGUAGAAUAGUGACUGGUCCGUCGCAAAGCCGUAAGGUGUGAUUUGCUGGGUACGGGUGUGGAGUGUGUAGAAUAAACAAGAUACUCUGUUGGCGAUAUUAACCAGUUUUUGCAUGUCUGUUUCUCAUAGGCCUAUCACAUGUAAGAUAGGCCUGUUGUACGUACAGGCAUCGCUCAAUCGGCUAUAUAGUGUCUACACAGUAUUUGUACCUGUAUAGUAUAGUAACCACGAUGUGGGUGAAAAGAUAUAUUUUGUAUUGAUUAUUGAGGCCUUGUCCUUACAUUGGUUUCCCUCUCUCUAGAACACCCCUACAAAAGUCCUUUAGGCUCAAUCUGAAAGCACACCUGGAUAUUUUGUAUUGAUUAUCGAGGCCUUUUGUCAGGGCAUUAGGUGACAUGCAUCAUUCACCCACCAAAUACUUGUAUAUUCUUUACGAUUUUAUUCAUAUGUUAAAUUUGGGGCUAGUUUUAGAGGUUCUGUUAUUUUGGUGUCGGAUGUGUAAAAAAUGUUGCUUGCAAAAAUGACCAUCUUUCAUUCAAUAUUCAGAGUUGUAUCGGCUCUGAAAUUAUUGAUAUAGUUGUAAAUAGCAUUUUCGUAUUGAGUGUGAUGCUCUUCAGAUUCUUUAACAAUAAAG